GCAGUUACUUGAAUUCUUCGUUAGCGCAGGUUGCCGUCUAUUCACGGCUUCAUUGUGCGCUUUAUGGGAUAUCUUUAUCCUCAUCUAAUUGGCUUGUCGCCGGCUCUGGGUUCUUCGCUCUGCAGUGGCAUUGCAUUCAAGACAUACCCAUACCCCUUUCCAUGACUUGUAAAGUUCCGCCCAGCGAGUUUUUCGCCAUAGAGGUGCCAGCAAUUGUAAAUGAUGAUGAAAAGCUCAUGAAAAUGCUUGGUGGAGUGGAUGACAUUUUUUAUGUCUUCGAGUCUGAGAAGCGUCGAUUGAAGCUGAACUUUCGUCCUGACAUGGUCUACUCGAAACCGGCUUGUGGUGACUCGGCGAAAGUGACUGCUCUACUCCUCCGCGUUCGGAAAUUCCGCAAUCGGCUUACCAACGAAAUCAUACUUCUUCCAUCUGUCAUCGGCCGUGUGGUGAGAAUGUAUAAAUUCGAUAGUCUAGUUGAUUUCCAAUUCGGUCCAUACGAGCGCGUCGGCACCACUGAUCCGUCAUCGCCUGAGCGCCUUGAUCAAUACCGAGUGUUUUACAACGACCUGAUUGUUCGCGAGCCAACCACUGUUUUAGACACCCAUUUGGCUCGAGACGUGCCACUAUUUUUGCCACCCGUUUUGUUCAGCAGACAGGACGUCCCAUUCAAUUAUGGCUUUGCUUCUCGAUUUCGCACAUCGGAGUACAUGCAGCUGGAAGAAAAGAUUCAUCGAUUACCGACAGCACGAAAGUCGCGUCCCACUCACGGGUUUAUCGUCGGUUUGGAAGAUCCUACUCCGGUCGCACCCCGUGCCCAGACUUUGGAAAUUAUGUUGUUGCAGCCACCGGACGAGAAGGAAAUCCUCUCCGCAGUGGAGGAGGUAAUACACAUCCAUUCUUUUUCGAAACAGUGCAUUUCAUAUCUUAAGCGUUCACUUUAUUGUCCCGACUGGAAUAUCUUACAGACCUUUUCUCCGUUUCUUUUCCAUUCAACGCGUGUAUUGCAAAUGGGUUAUAAUCCGUAUAAGGGAAAAGAAUGA